AUGACGAAGGCAAACUGGAGAGGCGGAAGCGCCUCCAAGACAACAGCAAAUUACUGUUAUCUGAGCCUCUUGUCGAGUGUGAUGGGACCAGGGAAACCAGCUGCAGCUUGUGUGCCUUUGUCAUCCCAAAGCAAAGCAAGGAUCCUGCAGACCCAGCUCCAGUUUAGUCGAAAUGUUUCUGCACUGCCAGUGAACUUGGCUUUCCAGUACACGAACCCUCAUCCAAUUAUAAUAGAAAAGCUGAAGCAGCCUGGGAAUGGGAAGGAUCAAGGUGCUGGUGAUGGACUGGAUGUCAGAAACUCUGUUGAUUUUUCCGUGGUAUCUGAAGAGAAACUCAAUUUGGCUGUUCAGCUGGCCAAAAGGGAUGUGAAGCGAAGACAUCUGGAGGAGCAAGUGAGACAGCAUUUGCUCAGUGAGAACAAGAUUGUACCUGCUCGCCCUGCAGGGCUUGGGCAGACCAGAAGGAAGGAAUCCGAAAAUGUUGCUGGGCCAAGAGCAUCAGACUUCCUCCAGAAGGAUGAACACCAGCUUGGCAAUUGUUCCAAACUUGAGACAACCAGCUCUGGAGCCAAAGUCUACCUCUACACCCCAAAUCGGAUAAAAUCAAAAGCUGCUUCGUCUGAUUCACCCCCCACCCAUGACCCGGGACCUGGGCCCAGAAAAGAGGAAGAUAAGACCACCCUGGAGGUCAGGCGGCUGCAAAAGGAGCUACAGAACUACAUCCAGAAAAUAGAAGAGCUGGCAAAAAAAGAGAGAAGUGAAGAAACUUUGGACCCCGACGAAGAGCGCCGUGUCCGUGUCCGUAGCCAGGAACAGGCUGUGCGCUCUGCACGAAUGCUGUAUGUGCUGCAGCAACAGGUAAAAGAAAUCCAGGCUGAGCUGGAGAAGCUGAGUCCUCAGAAAAUCAAACACACAAAGAAGUCACAAACCAUGGCCAGGCUGGCAGCAGCUCAUAGAGGCGCAGUGCGGGCCUUGCAGAUGUUUGCCACUCACUUUGCCCGCCAGUCAGAGCACCAUCCGGCUCCUGCCCACUGCAAGGAAUUGGGCAACCUCAUCCGGCAGCUGUCCCUUUGCUCUGCCCGCCUCGAGAUGGGAUCCUCCAUUCCUGACAUCGUCAUAGAUUUACUGCUGCAAAUAGAGGAUUUGGACUCUUUGCUGUCCAAGAAGGAAUCACCCAAGAAGGGGAAGAAAUGGCCUUCUGCAUUUCAGGCUGAGCUGCCAUUGAGCAGGGACAAGGUGCCAAGUAGAGAGAAGAAAGCUACCGCACUGGAGCCCAAAAAGCCACCAGUAGCCAGAAGACUUCUCCCUCCCAACUAUGAAGAUGGACAAGAUUUUAUGGAUGACCAUCAGCAGACUGAAGAGGUGUUGUCACCAGGGAAGAUGGCAGAUCACUCCAGCACAAGAGCCCAGGAGAAUCUUCCCAUUGCUGAGCAAGAUAGGACUCUUCAGGCCAGGCCCAGGGAGGCCUUGGGAACACUCGGGCCUGUGAAAAAGGCCUCUGCUCUCAAAGGUGGCCCACUGAAGAAGAAAGGAGUGGUGUUUUCUGCCAAACGUCAGGGAAGUGGAAGAUCACAGAGACCAAAAGCCGAGCAGCCUCAAGCCAAGCACACCCGGUUUCAAGACACCACCGUUGCAUUCCGGCUCAAGGAGACCAAGCCGCCCGUUCGAGAGAGCCGGAUCCCCUGGGUGCCUCCCAGUCCCACUUCCCCUCGAGGGUCUCCUCAUCGGCAUCCAGAUAGAAGUCCUCGAAGCAGAGAGACUAUUUUGAAGAGAGAGAGAACAGGAGAGGGAAGACAUGCCAUGGAAAAACCAGCUGUCAGCGCUCACAGGACUGAGGACACCUCUUUGAAGGAGAUCAUAGAUAAGAUGGAGAGAGAGAUUAAAGAGCGGCUGGAGCCCCUCUUGGAGAAAGCACAAAAGGUGAAUCUCUCCUUGGAAAGAAACAUUCGCUGGAAGGAGCCGUUACUGGAAAGCCAGGCGCCACCCGAGGAUGUCAGGAAGGCUGUAGCUGAGGCCGGUACCUUGAACAGCCUUUUGGAGGACUGUGCUCCAGAACAGAGCCAGAAGACAGGACAUGAGUCUCUCUCUGCACUCAGUGCCCCAGACCUGGAGAUGAUGCUUCAGAGGAUGGAGGAGAUUGAGAGCUCUCAAGAACUGGUGCGGAGGAGGUAUCACCAGAUAGUCUAUUCAGACCCUGAAUUUUGGGCCCAAGAAGAGAGAAGAGAGAAUGCAGUUGCAGCAAAAGAGAAAUCUUCUGGGGCUCCCCAUCCCAUCCAGAUAACAAAGCCAGAAGGUCACAGUGAGCCACAAGUGGACAUUGUAUUAGAAAGGCCCUUGGAUGCAAAUGCUGUUGAGGAGGAUGUAGAGCCAGAUGAGAGACUGGAGUCCAGAACUCAUACCACACAGCCCGGUACGUGGGAUUCCUCCCAGCGGAAGCAGCCCUGUGCCUUCCUCUCUGUACCCAAGAACAUGCUCCAAAGCAUUCAUGACUAUGGCACCCGGUUCGAUCAACACCUAAAGUGCAUUUCCCACGAGGAGGUGGGCAACUUCAGCCCGUGGCACAUUGCACAGAGCUUGGCAGAAGAGUUGAUGGAGGAAGCCCUGGAGGAUGUGGCAGCUGAGCUGCAAGACCUGUGUGAGGAUUACGCAGAAGCUAUUUUUACCUCUGAGUUCUUGGAGGCUGCCGAGUGAUGGCGACUCCUUCAGCGGGUGUCAACCGAGCAGAGCUCCGCUGGGUCUGCCCUCUUUCUGGAAGAACAGGCCUGCAAAAAACACUCUUCCUCUGUGGCUCUUCCUGAACUUAAUGUGGCAAUAUUUGGGGAGUGGGAGCAUGGAUUUCCUGUGCCAUCUUCCAUUGUGCCUUGCUGACAAUACAGUCUGGUCGUAACGUCAAAGAAGUAAAAGAUAAUGGAGUUUUUGGAACUGGCUCUCACCCCUUCCGUGCUUGCAACAGAAACCAGAAGUUUUGGGUCACACUCCCCGCUCAUCGCAUUGCUUUGGAUUUCGCACAUAACCGCAACUAACCUCAGGUCCCGUCUUCAUAUCUGCUUAACUCAUGAUGAGGCAUAGCCUCGUUGAAACACUGGGGUAGCUGAUCUUUUGAACCACUGAAUGGCACAAAGUCUAACCACUGAUAGUUUGGAGAACAGCCCCUUGGGUUCUUCAUCUGUUCAGUCCAGCAGACAGUAAACCCUUCUUCCUCGACUCUUUGGGGCAUCCUCAGUGGUGAAGGGGUUAGAUAGCUACAAAAGCUGGACUGGAUUUUCAGAGUGCCUUGCCAGUCCUCCACCCUGCUUUGUCAGGAGAGUUUGAGGGAAUUCUGACCUGGAGUCUUUGGUUUCACAUCGGUGUGCCACAGUCCUGCAAUGGCCUGAGUGUUACGGAGCCCAGUUCUCAUCCUGGGUUCUCUUCAUGGGAGUCUUCUCAGAUCAGUAGCAUGUUUCAGUGGGGAGAGCUGCAACAGGAAGAUGAAAAGGCUUCAUGCCUGCUUGCAAUCUAAAGAGGAAUAAGUCAGGUCCUUAUGUUGGUCCUCGUUGCAUUGCAAUCUACAGGAAACUGCUACAUGUCAUCUUUGGUGCUGUAGGACAGAAAUACUUCCCUUACCAGCAAGACCUGUGUCCCUUUCCAUUGGCUGAUUUCCUGUCAAUCAUGGCUACUCUGGCUGCUUUGUUCCCGGCCUCAAAGGAGAAAUUCCGAUGGGCCAGCAGCCAUUAAGACCCUUUGACAACGACUCUUUCAGCCUAUAGCCACUGUGAGUAACAUUCCGAUGUUCAGGAAGAGAGAUAAGUUUACUUGAAUCAUUUUUUAAAUGUAUAUAUUAAAGCUUUAUCUUAUAA